AUGCCGCCAAAACUGCAAACACCGGGGAGGGGUCAAGUACGGACCGAAGCAGCAUACAAUCUUUCAAAUGAUGAUUCGGGCUCCGGAGCAGAAGCUCCGGCCCGCAGGCGCCUGCAAAAGUCGGCCUCGACUAACUUCCCCUCGCACAAUACCAAUUUUGACACCUCAAACGGGGUCGCUGGACCGCGCACAGGUGGGAUGAAUAGGAGAAGGCUUUCAAUUCGUGACCAAAGAGUCCCUCAGGGUCCACGACCGCAAGACUCUUCGCGAUGGAGCAAACCAAGUCCAUACCCCCACUCUGGGAACUCAUCUGUCGAUUCUACGCUUGAUUCCACUAAAAGCUUUAACCUUCGAUCUACGAGCGUGGGCAACCUGGCAAAGGCUGAUUCCAAUCAUGCAGACAACGUGGAAUUCCUAGCGCCGGUCAACUUUGACGAUUUCCAUAACAGCAUCAUGGGUGAACCCAGCUUGAACCACUUCCCCAUGCCCGGGAACAGUAGUUCGGGCGAAAAUCGCGAAACAGGUCCGACAAAUCCCUGGGAAAACCACACGUACGCGGGCAAUGUAUCGGAACGUACACGGGGUCCUUCCGCUCGACGAAAGAGUGAAGUGCAACGUCCGAAUGGUCCGAACGCGGCGGGGCUCACAGCAUCCUCUGCCAAUACCCGCGCUCGCCGCCAGAGUAUCGCCCAGCCGUCUGCCGGAAAUGCUUCAAGGGGUCCGCGUAAAUCUAUCAGCUCUGGGGCAUUUGCGCCUACCAAUGCUUCGGCCAGGCGCGCCAGUUUAAGUGCUCGCAAAAUCAGCACUGACACCGCGUCGUCAAAUAACCUCCUUCGCCCUCGACUUCCAGAGUCCGAUACCAAGGUUCCGUCUUCUGUUCGAAACCUGAAGGCAAAGUCAUUCCAGCCCAGUCCAAGGGAACCCCGCGGUCAGUUUCUGACUGCCUCUGGGGCCAUUGACCACACACGAUCAAGUUCCACCAAUGCCGUGCGGACCCCGCUAAGAAACCCUUCUGGCGCCGUGGGGACUCCUUCAUCUGCCUCUAAGCGGGCUUCUGUUAUGCCGCCACAUGCCACUGGGCUUGGUGCUCGAACUAUCAGUCCCACUGACGCACGACGACUGAAGCGAAUGUCGGUUGCGCCUACUGCCCCUCCGAUGCCACAUACACCUCCCACCCAGAGCGAACCUCUUCCCAUUCGUCCUCUAUCAUCAACUCAAUCUCCCUCCCAAAUCCCGAGGAAAAGCGUCACACCUUCCUCGAACCGAACCACGCCUGACCCAAAUCGCAAGUCGUACAGUUCAGGCUUGUCUGUCUCUUCAAGCACCAGCUAUAACUCGGCGCGGACUUCUGGAGGCUCUCUUCAAAACCGGCUGUCCCAAAAUCUGUCUUCGUCCCGGCUCCCGACGCCCAAGCCACGCGCAGAGCAAGGGAACUCCAGCGGGGAAGAGGUACCACCGGUUCCAGCGAUCCCCAAGGCGUACGAGUCGCCCAAAGGUGAACUGGAUACGCCUGUCUUCCCAGCGCCCAGAAAGUCAAGUAUUCCUGUGGAUUUGGGCCUUCUGAAUAUUAAAGAUUCAGACUCCGAAGCGCACACCACGACCCAAGUUGACAAAGUCGACCCUGCCGAAACGAGAACUCCUGAUUCACGAUCACGAACAUCUACUGUUCUGGGAGGACGGAAGGGUUUGCAGCCCUUGAAAUUGCCACCGCUGAAUUUGUUGCCUUUGGGCACACCCAUGGCGGCCAAAAUCGAGGCACUCAAAGACAGGGACGAAGAGCGGAAAGCUCACACCCCCUCCAACCAAGUGAUCUCAAAGACUCCCAGUACUCCGAUGACAGCAUCCAAGGCGAACUUCUGGUACCGCGAUGAAGAUGACCAACCGCCCCUCACUCAAGCACGAAGCAGCACCUCUCACUUUGCCGUCAGCUCAUCAACCGCCGCCUUGCGAGCUUCUAGCAGUACCAGCGCGUUUGAGUCAUUUGACACGCCAAGUGCACCUCGCAGCAUCUCCCCCUAUGCCUCAUACACGCUGCCCAAGAGCGGUGCCGAGCUCAACCAUCUCCGUCACCAAGUCAGCGCCGAGUACUCGAAUCGGACGCAAACACACAAGUUGAAUGGACCGCGACCUCAAACGCAAAGUGCCAUUUUCACUCCCGCUCCAGAACGGCUCAGCCAGAUAUCGACGCCUUCGGAGCCUGAGAGUGUCACUGCCUCCAGCUCCUCUCUUCGGGACCGGCUUAAGGUGGCACGGCUUCGCAGCAACUCGAAGCCCCAAAAGCCAGAAGCCGAUGCUGAUCCAGCCAAAUACAAUCAUAUGCCACCGCCUAAACUUCCAGCCUCUGCAACAUGGAACAACCUGUCUUCAGUCAGCUCGACGAGCCCUAAUCUCAAACCAUCGUAUCUCAAUCCUCGCCGACAGUCUUCCGUUUCGAGUGCGACAAACCUGACGACUCGGAAACCAAGUGUCAGCAGCGAGAAAAGUCUCACCUUGGAGCCAACUCCUUCCAACGAGUCGGGCGAAAGCGAUCGCUCUAGACGCGUGCAGAGCACGUACAUCUCUCCGGUUCAUAAAAUGAUCAAUAACGCUAGAUCUAGUGUUGCGGCUGCUCCCCGGCCUACUGAGAGCACUGUUGAUCCAGAUGCAGCGCGUGUGCUAGACGACUUGCGUCGCAAGGCUGGGCCAAAGGAUCGUGUCAGCCCCGCCCAGGCCUUGAAGAUGGCAGCACUCAACAUCUUUGAACGGGGUGAGAUCAUCGAUUAUCGCGAUAUUUUCUUCUGCGGUACCCAGACUGCCAAGAAACAUGUUGGAGAUCUCCACUCCAGUGCAGCGAACUUUGGUUACGAUGAUGACCGUGGUGAUUAUAAUAUUGUCAUCGGCGACCAUCUGGCUUAUCGGUACGAAGUUGUUGAUGUCCUGGGCAAGGGCAGCUUUGGCCAGGUCGUGCGAUGUGUGGACCACAAGACUGGAGCUCUGGUUGCGAUUAAAAUCAUUCGUAACAAGAAGCGAUUCCACCAACAAGCCCUCAUUGAGGUGAACCUCCUUCAAAAACUGAAGGAAUGGGAUCCUCAUGGCAAGCAUAGCGUGGUCAACUUCACCCAAAGCUUCUAUUUCCGUGGUCAUCUGUGCAUUUCGACAGAACUCCUUGGCAUGAAUCUUUAUGAAUUCAUCAAGGCCCAUGAAUUCCGGGGCUUCUCGUUGAAGCUGAUCCGUGUUUUCACCAAGCAGAUGCUGAGCAGUCUUGUGUUAUUGCAUGCGAAGAAGGUCAUUCACUGUGACUUGAAGCCCGAAAACAUUCUUCUCGUUCACCCGUUGAACUCCGAAAUUCGAGUCAUCGACUUUGGUUCAAGUUGCUUUGAGAAUGAAAAGGUCUAUACUUACAUCCAGAGUCGCUUCUACCGUUCACCCGAGGUCAUCCUCGGAAUGUCGUACGGCAUGCCCAUAGACAUGUGGAGUUUAGGUUGCAUUUUGGCUGAGCUGUUCACCGGCUAUCCUAUUUUCCCUGGAGAGAAUGAGCAAGAACAACUUGCUUGCAUCAUGGAAAUCUUUGGUCCUCCGGAAAAGCAUCUCAUUGAGAAGAGCUCACGCAAGAAGUUGUUCUUUGACUCUCUUGGCAAGCCGCGUUUGACUGUUUCGUCCAAGGGACGCCGACGUCGUCCGAGCUCCAAGGAGCUGCGACAGGCCUUGAAGUGUGAUGAUGAACCCUUCCUUGACUUCAUCACUCGCUGCCUUCGCUGGGAUCCUGCUCGUCGACUCUCCCCCCAUGAUGCGUUGAAACACGAAUUCCUCACUGGUGUCAAGGCGCCCCGGCCCAGAAUGUACACGUCAAACUCGCCGUCCAAGAGAGGUGCCACGUCUUCGGCUCGCCCUCUCCCUGACCCCCCAGGCACAACGCUGAAGAGCGGGUUUAUGCGCGCUCGGGAUGUCUCGGCCCAUUCCCCGGUCAAGGGUAGUGGCAAACGACAUUCGACCGUAAACGGUCCUCCGUCCAGCCCUGGCAAGCGAGGGUCCAGCAAUUCUACUACUACUGGGUCCGCCCUUCCUCGGGUUUCGGCGCGGAGUAUUAGUGGGAAGCCAGACCUCGCUACUGCCGCGGCUGCGACAAGCCUGAGGAAAUGA